AUGGAUCCCUGGGCCCCUCAAACCCCGGCACCCUUGCCUGCCCUCACUGCCAAGCAACAACGGGUAGUCGAUGCAGCUGUGAAGGCUCAAACCAGUCAUUUCGAAUCUAUUGUGGCCCAGCUCACCAAAAAGAUCAAACCCCAGGCAGCAAGUUCCAGCAACCGCGGCAAUCCCUCCAACGUGACCCCUAAACGAGCAGCUCGCGCGGCCUCGGCUCCCCCUGAAGUUGGCAAACCAAAGACCUCCAAGAAAUCAAAGUCAAUCCGUCAAGUAGCAAAACCUCCAUCCGCUAAACGCCACCCUCAACAAAUGCAGGGUGCCGAUUUUCCUGCAGAGUUUACCUCUACAAAGAAUGCCCUUUACGUCCACACCAAGAUACUCUGGGGUCUAUUGACUCAGGACUCAGUCCCAGUAGCCCCUGAGUUAUCCGACCUCCAAGAGUUUUACAGCAAGUUCUCAAACAAUGACGAGGUCAAGCAAGCGGCACGCACUUCCACAUCACCCGCGCUCAUCAACGACAGUGAGGUACAGUUGUUCAAACAUGCUACCGCGGGCUCAAUCAAAUACGGCAGAUCGGUCAUUCAUCUUGGCUCCAAUAACAUUUGUUACGUGCAAGGUCUCAUGGUUCGUCUUGGGUUGCGCACUUGGCGCCCUAAUCUUGAGGAGGAUUCUGCUUCGCUUUACAACGCGGCCCACCGGAUUGCUGCAAUCACUUCUUUUCAAGAGCUUGUUGCUGGACAAGCUUACAACUACAUGAAUGUCGACCCCAGAAUGGCAUCUGAUACAGCGCUCUUAAUACAAGCCUACAACCACUUUGUUCACUUCGUCCAACACUCGAAAUAUCAAAAGGAGAAGAAGCAAGCGGGGAAGAAUGCUCAAGAUGCUACCCACAAGAGAAUCUCGAAAAAUCGUGAAAGAUUGCGUGAUGCACAAAAGGAGUUUGCAAUCCUUAAUAAGUUUCCCAGGCGAUACGUGGAUAUCCUUUUGCAAAUUGGGGCUCACAGCGACGACGAGUUUGACGAACAAAGGAACGUCUACAAGAUCAAGACGCUUGGUUAUCGCUCAAAAAAUGCCAGCAAGUUUUUUCGAGCUUUGGACAUUGUCAUGAAGAAGGCGGCCCAACAAGAUCCAUCAUCCAACCGAAAAAGACGAGUCCGGAUGUUACCCCGACAACCCAUGCCGUCAGCCUUCAGCACAGCCCCAAAGCAUUUACCCAUUGACUUCUAUUCCCCGUCUUGGUACCGCAACCUAGUACCAGCCCAAAAAAAGACUAUCCCAAAUGCUGAUGUAGUUGCAUUUCUUCCGGAUGCGAGUCAAUCCCUUCAACCAAAAAAUCAACGGCACCCAGACGAGAAGCUUACCGACUCCUCUUUCACUCGCAAGUAUUGGGACAUACUUGUUGAGCCAUAUGGUCUCUUGGAAGACAGCUCAGACGAUGAUCUGGACAGUGCGGAUGACUUGCAAGAGGGAAAGAAGAGGGCCACCAAAAACGAUUCCAAAGACAAAGGGCACGACUUGGACGCCGAAAGCCCUGACGAGUCUUCAGACGAGUACUUUGAGGAGGGAGAUGCUGGCGACUUGUAUGAUGAUUUUGUGGUCAAUGACAAGGAGACUGGCGAUGAAGAGGAAUACAAUGGGGAUGGAGUUGGAGGAGAAGAUGAUGAAGACGAAGAGCUUGACAGUGACGAAAAUGCGGAAGACGUGCACAUGAACGACAACUGUGGUGUCAAUGCAAAAACACUUGCAAUGAUGGAAGAAGAAGAGGACGGCUGGUGA